AUGAAGUACAACCCGACAGUGAGCUCCUCGCGCAGGAAGUGCAGGAAGAGGCAUUUCACCGCCCCGUCGCAUGUGCGCCGGGUGCUGAUGAGCGCACCGUUGUCGGCGGAGCUGACCAACAAAUACGGGGUCAGGGCGGUGCCUAUCCGAAAGGACGACGAAGUCCGCGUGGAAAGGGGGACCUUCAAGGGCCGAGAGGGAAAGGUUGUGCAGGUGUACCGGAAGAAAUGGGUGGUCCAUGUGGAAAGGAUAACACGGGAAAAGGUCAAUGGUGCCACUGUCAACGUUGGCAUUCGGCCCUGCAAGGUGACCAUCACAAAAUUGAAGCUCGAUAAAGACCGCAAGGCCCUGCUUGAGAGGAAGGGUGCAAAGGACAAGGGAAAGGGAAAGUUCACAGACCAGGACAUCCAGGCCAUGCAGGACGUCGAUUAA